UUUUUUGAAGGUAGUAAAUGAAUAAAUAAAUAAAGUAUGUAUCAUCAUCAUAAAUCAUAAAUCUCAUAAUUCACCUUCUUCUCUCUCUUGUCUUCUCUCCGAGAGUAGUCAUUUUUCUUUGCAUCACUGCAUUUUUCUCUCGAUUGAGCCUCUAGGGUUUUGAAAGAUACUUAGCAUCUUUUUUUCCUUCUCUACUAUAAUCGAAUCGACUCUACUAGUUUCAUCAGAUCUUAAAAUAUCCAAGCUGAACUCCUUCGCUCGAUCAAAACUUUAUCGGAUAAGUUUCAUUCUUGUCUAAUUUCAUCUGAGUAAGAAAGGGACAAAAAAAAUGCCGGCAGUUUACGGGGCCAGAUUGACGACGUUUGAGGAUUCAGAGAAAGAGAGUGAAUUCGGUUAUGUUCGUAAGGUGUCAGGACCAGUCGUUGUUGCAGAUGGAAUGGCUGGUGCUGCCAUGUAUGAAUUAGUCCGUGUUGGUCAUGACAAUCUGAUUGGUGAAAUUAUUCGGUUGGAAGGAGACUCUGCAACAAUCCAAGUUUACGAAGAAACGGCUGGUCUGAUGGUGAAUGAUCCAGUUCUGCGGACACACAAGCCUCUGUCAGUUGAGUUGGGACCAGGAAUAUUGGGAAAUAUUUUUGAUGGAAUUCAGAGGCCUUUGAAAACUAUUGCUAAAAGAUCAGGUGAUGUAUAUAUCCCUCGUGGAGUCUCUGUCCCGGCUCUCGACAAAGAUACUCUUUGGGAAUUUCAGCCGAAAAAAAUAGGUGAGGGGGACCUUUUAACUGGUGGCGACCUUUAUGCUACCGUCUUUGAGAACAGUUUGAUGCAACAUCAUGUUGCCCUUCCUCCUGAUGCAAUGGGAAAAAUCACUUACAUAGCUCCCCCUGGUCAAUAUUCAUUGAAGGAUACUGUGCUGGAACUUGAGUUUCAAGGUGUCAAAAAGCAAUUCACCAUGCUUCAGACAUGGCCUGUCCGUACACCUAGACCUGUUGCAACAAAGCUUGCUGCAGAUACUCCUCUGCUUACCGGACAGCGUGUACUUGAUGCCCUAUUCCCUUCAGUUCUUGGUGGAACUUGUGCCAUUCCUGGUGCAUUUGGCUGUGGGAAAACUGUGAUUAGUCAAGCUCUUUCCAAGUACUCUAAUUCUGAUGCUGUUGUCUAUGUUGGUUGUGGAGAGCGAGGAAACGAAAUGGCUGAGGUUCUUAUGGAUUUCCCUCAAUUGACAAUGACAUUGCCUGAUGGUCGUGAAGAAUCGGUCAUGAAGCGCACAACACUUGUGGCUAACACUUCUAACAUGCCUGUGGCUGCUCGUGAAGCCUCAAUUUAUACUGGGAUCACUAUAGCUGAAUACUUCAGAGAUAUGGGCUACAAUGUUAGUAUGAUGGCAGAUUCAACAUCUCGUUGGGCAGAAGCAUUGCGUGAAAUUUCUGGGCGGCUGGCAGAAAUGCCUGCUGAUAGUGGAUAUCCGGCUUAUCUGGCAGCAAGACUAGCCUCUUUCUAUGAACGUGCUGGGAAAGUUAAAUGCCUUGGUGGACCAGAACGUACAGGGAGUGUCACAAUUGUCGGUGCUGUUUCUCCUCCUGGAGGAGAUUUCUCUGACCCUGUGACGUCCGCAACCCUCAGUAUUGUCCAGGUUUUCUGGGGUCUUGAUAAGAAACUUGCUCAGAGGAAGCAUUUCCCUUCUGUCAACUGGCUUAUUUCAUACUCAAAGUAUUCGGGGGCAUUGGAAAGUUUCUAUGAGAAAUUUGAUCCAGAUUUUAUUAGCAUCAGGACAAAAGCCCGAGAGGUUCUUCAGAGAGAAGAUGAUCUGAAUGAAAUUGUCCAGCUUGUCGGAAAGGAUGCUCUAGCUGAAACAGACAAAAUCACACUUGAAACUGCCAAACUUUUAAGGGAAGAUUAUCUUGCUCAGAAUGCUUUUACUCCAUAUGAUAAGUUCUGCCCAUUCUACAAGUCCGUCUGGAUGAUGCGCAACAUUGUUCAUUUCAAUGCUUUGGCCAACCAGGCAGUUGAGAAAGCAGCUGGUAUGGAUGGUCAGAAGAUAACAUACAGUCUUAUCAAGCAUCGUCUUGGAGAUCUCUUUUAUCGAUUAGUCUCGCAAAAAUUUGAAGACCCGGCAGAAGGAGAAGAAGCUCUCGUGGCAAAAUUCAAAAAGCUUAACGAGGAUCUGACUGCUGGUUUCCGUGCACUGGAGGAUGAGACUAGGUGAACGGAAGUUUAAAUAUUUGACUUUCCUGGCCCCAAUGUUUCUACUGUUGGGCUUAAAUCACUAGGCUCUCGCUUUCUCUGUUUCCGUGUGUCCUUGUUUAUCUGGGUAGAUGCAUGUUGUGCAGGCGUUUUAGCUUCUGUUGGCCUGAAUUCUAUAGUGCUCUAGCUUUGAAUUCGUUAUUAUGUAUUAUUAUUGUUUGCACUUUCCCUUUUUGACAGCAGGAGAUUGGAACCGUAAUUUAUUAUUUCAUGUAUUUUUUGCAAUAAAAAUGUUCAUUUAUUAUUUAA